AUGAACAAUCAGAAUUGGGAUAAAAUGGUGAGAGACCUGCAAAGGCGUGCUAGUCAAUCCUCUAAGGGAGCCGCUGGAGGCUCGCCUCUGGGAAUUUUUGCCGGGGCUGGUGGGUUGAUUCUCCUCGGUGCGGGUGCUGUACUGCUGAACAACUCGUUAUACAACGUCGAUGGUGGUCAACGUGCCAUUGUUUACUCCAGAGUUGGCGGUGUGAAGCCUCAGAUUUUCAACGAGGGUACACACCUUGUUUUCCCUUGGUUGGAGCGUGCUAUUAUCUACGAUGUCAGAGCCAAGCCAAGAAAUGUUGCCUCGUUGACUGGAACUAAGGAUUUGCAAAUGGUGAACAUCACUUGCAGAGUGCUGUAUAAGCCUGAAAUUGCAGCGUUGCCAACCAUUUUCCGCACUUUGGGUCAGGACUACGACGAGAGAGUGCUGCCUUCCAUUGUUAACGAAGUCUUGAAGUCUGUGAUUGCUCAGUUCAACGCAUCUCAGUUGAUUACCCAAAGAGAAAAAGUCUCCAGACUGGUGAGAGAGAACCUUGUCAAGAGGGCUUCUAAGUUCAACAUUUUGCUUGAUGAUGUUUCGUUGACUGCCAUGACCUUCUCUCCAGAGUUCUCCACUGCUGUUGAAUCUAAGCAGAUUGCCCAGCAGGAUGCUCAAAGAGCCGCCUUUGUGGUCGACAAAGCUAGACAAGAGAAGCAAAGUAUGGUUGUAAAGGCGCAGGGUGAGGCCAAGUCUGCCCAGCUGAUUGGUGAGGCCAUCAAGAAGUCUAAAGACUAUGUUGAGCUGAAGAGAUUGGACACAGCCAAGGAGAUUGCUACUAUCCUGUCUCGUUCUCCUAACAAGAUCAUUCUUGACAAUGAGGCUUUGUUGCUGAACACUGUUUCAGAUGCACGUGAAUUCUCAAGUGGCCGGUGA